AUCAUUUUAAUUCGUACGCCGGUAGAGAACAGAUCGUUCGUUUUAAAAGUCCCCAGAAAAAAUUUUCCGUUUUUGCUUUCCGAGUUAGUUUUGUUCUGUUUUCUAAACAUAUUUUCCCGGUUUUCCUGAAAAAAUUUGAGUGUGGAACCAGACGGACUUUUUAAUCGCCCAAAUUCGUAGUAUUAGUAGCGUUCGUUGGAGGGGAUUUUUGGAAACCCUAAACCGAUUUUCGGAGUAUCAUAAUAUCCAUAUAGUCAAUUAAAGCAAAGCCAAAGUCACCAUGAACAAGCUUCGUCAGUUCCAAUGUUCGUUGAAAGUCGCGAGUGGCCUGUGCAAGCCGCGAAUCCUGUCCAGCGCCGGAGUGCGAUUCUCCUGCGGCGAGGGCAGGGCGUUAACGAGGGGCGUGGUCGUCGGCCUGUACCAGAAGGAGGGCGACAAGGACCCCAAACUGACGCCGGCGGGCCAGAAGAUCGAUCAGCGGGUGCACGGCAAGCUGAUGAAGGCCAUCUGCGAGACCAAAUUGGAUGGCCGUCUGGGUCGCGGCAAGGUGUUCCACAACAUCGACACGGAGUUCGCUGCCGUGGCCGUUGUGGGCGUGGGCCUGGAGGGUAUCGGCUUCAACGAACUGGAGAUGCUGGACGAGGGCAUGGAGUUCGUGCGAGUGGCCGCCGGCGUGGGCGCCCGUUCGCUGCAGCAGCAGGGCAUCACCAAUGUGCUGGUCGACGGCAUGGACUAUGCGGAGCAAGCGGCCGAGGGUUCUCAACUGGCUGUGUGGCGUUACCCGGACAAUCUGUCCAAGAAGAACAUGCCAAAUGUGCCAACGCUGGAGCUCUUCGAAUCCCCGGACCACGAGGGCUGGACGCGUGGCAUCUUCAAGGCGGAGGCCCAGAAUCUGGCGAGGCGUCUGAGCGAUGCUCCGGCCAACUGCAUGACGCCCACCAUGUUUGCCCAGGCCGCUGUGGACGCCCUGUGUCCCUGUGGCAUCACCGUGGAGGUACGCACCAUGGACUGGAUCGAGGCCCAGCGGCUGAACGCCUUCCUGAUGAUCGCCAAGGGUAGCUGUGAGCCGCCCGUGCUCCUCGAGCUGAGCUACUGCGGCGCGGCACCCGACGACAAGCCCAUCCUGUUCGUGGGCAAGGGCAUCACCUUCAACUCGGGCGCCCUCAACCUGCGACCCUGCAAGGGCAUGGACGAGUACCGUGGCAGCAUGUCGGCGGGCGCCUGUUGUGUGGCCAUGAUGCGCUGCAUCGCCGCCCUGUCGCUGCCCAUCAACGUUACGUGCAUCAUCCCGCUGUGCGAGAACAUGCCCUCGGGCAUGAGCGCCAAGCCCGGCGACGUGGUCACACUGCUCAAUGGCAAGUCGAUGGCUGUGCGGGAUCUGGACAAGGCCGGCGUGGUGGUGCUCGCCGAUUCGCUGCUCUAUGGCCAGAAGACCUAUCUGCCGCGCCUGGUUGUGGACAUAGCCACCCUGAACACUGGCGUGAAGAAGGCCUUCGGCGGUGGCGCCACCGGCAUUUGGUCCAACUCGCACUACAUCUGGAAGCAGUUCCAGCGGGCCGGCUCCAUCUCCGGGGACCGCGUGUGGCGCCUGCCCCUGUGGCAGUACUACAAGAAGCAGGUCACCGACGAGCGGUCCUACGAUCUGAGCAACAACGGACGGGGACUGGCCAGCUCCUGCCUGGCGGCCGCCAUCCUCCACGAACUGGUGCCCUGCGUGGACUGGGCGCAUCUGGACACCCGCGGCACCGGACUGCUUACCAAGUACGGUCUGGUGCCCUACCUCACCAAAAAGCGCAUGACCGGACGCCCCACCCGCACCCUCGUGCAGUUCGUCUACCAAAUGGCCUGUCCCGAAAUGAAGUGAGGCUGGUGGACUAGUGUGGUGAUCAGUGCUGGACGACUGGCCGACGCAAUGUGCGACCAAGUGUUAUAUAUUGUUUUGAUAUUUUCCAAGUAAAUCAAACUUUUCGGCGUCAA